UAAUCCCCGCACGCCCCCCACAAAAUCCAUAUAUACAAAAUCUCCAUUAUUGCAGUCACGCCUUUGAGAGAGCUACACGAGUUUCUUCUUCUUCACGCCGCAGUUUCCACGGAAAUUCACUCUCAAAAAUUUAAAAGAAAAAAAUCUCCAAGAUGGCCCCCCCCAGUUACUCCGACUUGGGAAAAUCCACCCGUGACAUCUUCUCAAAAGGCUACCAUUUCGGUCUUUUUAAACUAAAUUGCAAAGCCAGCACGGUCGGAGGGGUGGACAUUUCCACGGGUGGAACACACUCCUUGGACGAAGGGAAAGUUUUUGGUGACUUGGAAACCAAGUAUAAAUUUCCGGCUUAUGGCGUUACCUUGACGGAGAAAUGGAACACGGAUAAUUUGCUCGUGACGGAGAUCAGUUGCCAGGAUAAGUUGGUGGAGGGGGGGAAGGUGGCAGUGGAGGGGGUUUUUUCACCGGAUAGUGGUAAAAAAUCCGGAACGCUAAAGUCCUCCUAUAAAUCCCCAAAUGCGACGAUUGACGUUGAUGUUUCCGGUGGGGAUGCCAAGUCGCUGUUGGUGAACGGGGCCGUUGUCCUUGGUUACCAGGGCUGGUUGGGGGGGUAUCAGCUGACUUUCGAUACCGUGGAGGGGGUUUUGAAGAAGAAUAAUUUCGCUGCGGGGUAUUCCGCUGGGGAUUUUCAGAUCAACACCAACAUUGACAACGGCGAGACCUUCGCUGGAUCGCUCUACCAACGAGUAAACAACCGCUUGGAGGCUGGCGUCCAACUUUCCUGGACCGCGGGGGGCGAAUCCACGACCCGUUUCGGACUUGGCGCGCGCUAUUUACUUGACCCAUGCACCGCCGUGCGCGCCAAAGUCAACAACCAAUCGCAGGUCGGACUCGGUUUCGAACAGAAAUUGCGGCAGGGAAUAACCCUCACCCUCUCCACCUUUAUUGACGGAAAAAACUUUAAAGCCGGCGGACACAAAAUAGGACUCGCCCUGGAACUCGAGCAGUAAUUUUUUUGAGUUGCCAUGGAAACCUAUGCGUAGUUUUUUUUUCUCUCCAUUUAUUUUUCCCUCGUUACUAUAGUUACUUCAAAAUUUAGUCAAUAUAAAUAAAUUAGUUGUCAUGGUAAAUAAAAAAAAAAGUCACGUGA